CAGCAGCAGUGGGUUUGUACGGAGCUCCAGUUUUAAGCAGCAAUUCCUCGGACUGUUUCCAGGGGGCAGAUCAUCUUUUGUGUUUCUCUUCGUAGUUUGCAGCUUCUCGCAGUCAGCCGGGGCUUCAGUGUAGGAUCGCCCGGGAUGCGGGACGCAGCGUCCAGCUCCGACAUGGACCCGCGAUCGUGGAGGUUUAUUGGGGAAAAUGAGGGCUCGGUUUGGACUCAAUCGUGUACGUUUGCCGAGUAAAGGCUCCAGAGGUAUGGCUCGAUCAUUUGAGGGCGAUUGGUCGGACAUGGGCUUUCCGAUCGCUUUAAAAAUCUAUUAAGAUGGCAGCUGCGUUUUGAAACAAUGUAUCGUUCGGAUGAUGUAAUGUUACACUGUAACAGGUUUGGAGCGCAUAUUUAACAAUGUAACCAUUUCGAACGGCUGAACCGUUACAUUCGCUUCGCAACGGAACCGCGGAAGCUUCUGGUAAUCUUUAGUAGCCUACAAUCGAGAUUUUGAGUUUGUGCAUUUGCAUAUUUAUGUUCGUUCCUGUUGCAUUAAUCCUCAAAGUCGUACUGAGAAUUGACUUAAAAACUGCCUAAAUGGAAGUGCGAUGCGCGAAUCUGUAUGCUGUACGUGCACGCGCAAAAUGCAUGCUAAAGUAUAUUUUUAAGUAGCCUACACUCGGAUUGUUAAAGUUGAGUCCCGUGCUGAAAUGUGGAUUUUACAAUUGACCCAAAUGAAUGGCAUGCGUGAAGACACAUCUGCUCUUGUGUUCACAAAAGCCGUCCGCACAUCAUUCAUCUAGAAAAGAGUCGAGGAAAUAUGGCAGAUGAAUCUUUUGAAGAGAACUCCUCCUCUGUGGACGUCGACAUAGACCCUGAUUUCGAGCCCCAAAAAAGGCCGAGGUCCUGCACGUGGCCUCUCCCGAGACCGGAGUCCAGCGCGGGGAAAUCAGCAGAUGUUGACAUCAUUCCUGAGGAAGAGGUGGAUGAAAGUGGCAUUGAAUCUAGUGACAUUACAGACACGUCAAAAUCAGCCUGCACUGAAGCAGAUGAGCGCCACAGCACACUUACUGUAGAAACCAGUCUUGGUAUCAAUGAUAAAGAUGAUGAGAAUGGAUCUCCAGUCUCUUCCCAGCAGGUGCCGACCGCUGCCUGCAGUGACCCCGGCACCAAUGGUCUGAUUCCUCAGCAGCCCAGAAAAUCAUCUGCCCGCAGGAAUGCCUGGGGAAACUAUUCCUACGCGGAUCUCAUCACGCAAGCCAUCGAGAGCUCGCCGGAGAAAAGGCUGACAUUGGCCCAGAUCUAUGAUUGGAUGGUCCGAAGUGUGCCAUACUUCAAGGACAAAGGUGACAGCAACAGCUCUGCGGGAUGGAAGAACUCCAUACGACAUAACCUUUCGCUCCAUAGUCGCUUUGUCCGGGUCCAGAAUGAAGGAACAGGAAAGAGUUCGUGGUGGAUGGUCAACCCGGACGGCGGAAAAGGGGGCAAAGCUCCACGGAGACGUGCCGUUUCCAUGGACAACAGUAACAAGCUCAUCAAGGGCGCCCGUGGUCGUGCUGCCAAAAAGAAGGCCGCUCUGCAGGCUUCUCAGGACGGAAGCUCGGAGAGCUCGUCCAGCCUGUCCAAAUGGACCGGCAGCCCGACAUCCCGUAGCAGUGACGAGCUCGACGCUUGGACAGAUUUCCGUUCUCGCACUAAUUCCAAUGCCAGCACCCUAAGUGGACGCCUUUCCCCAAUUCUGGCCAACCUAGAGGUGGAUGAGGUUCCCGAUGAUGACUCUCCCUUGUCGCCCAUGCUGUACUCCAGCCCUAGCAGUAUGUCCCCGUCCACCGGCCUGACCGAGCUGCCCCGUCUGGCUGACCUCGCAGGAACCAUGAACCUCAACGAUGGCCUCUCCGACAAUCUAAUGGACGACCUUCUUGAUAACAUCAGCUUGACCGCUUCCCAGUCUCCAGGUCAAGAUGAGAGCGGGACCAACCUACAGGGAAGCCCAGUGUUUACCUUCAGCUGCUCUGGGAGCAGUCUGGCAAUUCCAUCUGGCAGCUAUGGCUCUAACUCCAUGUUUAGUCCUCCAUCCGUCACUGGCCUGAGGCAGACUCCAAUGCAAACGAUCCAGGAAAACACACAGGCUACGUUCUCCUGCAGUUCUCUCUUUAGCGAGCAAAGUCUGCAGGACUUGCUCGGCUCCGAGACUCACGGUCGCAGCGACGUCCUUCUUACCCAUUCUGACCCGCUAAUUUCUCAGGCAAGUGCCUCCCUUUCCUCUCAGAAUUCCCGUCGCAGCGGCCUGUUGCUGCGUAACGACCCUAUGAUGUCCAAUCAGGCUGGUCCUGGUGGACAAUCUGGGCACAAGGCGGCGUCGCCAUCCGAAUGGCGGCUGAACAGCGUCUCGAGCGGAGAGUCGGACUACCAAAGCCUGAUGAAGCAACAUGUCCAACAGUCUCCCUUCAGAAGCACAUCUAUGCAGCUCAACUCUGAUUCGUUGUUGACGGGUCUCAACGGCAGUGUGACCUGCGUUCAGUCUGCGUCUCAGGACCGAUUCCCGUCUGACUUGGACCUUGAAGUGUUUAGUGGUGGCCUCGAUUGCGAUAUGGAUGCCAUCACCCGCAAUGAUCUGAUGGAUGCCGAAGGCCUGGAGUUCAGCUUUGAUUCGCAUCUCAUAUCCUCUCAGAAUGCUAACCUGACCAAUACCAAACGAACUUCGUCUCAAAGCUGGGUACCAGGUUUAUCAGGCCCAGGAAUUUAGUGACGGGCCAGAACACAGCGUUUAAGCCAACUUUCCACUGUAAGGCAACUGUAUAUAAUCCUGUAGAAAAGCUAUGAGUUUGAGUUAUCUUAAUGGAUUCACUCAGUUGGUGGUGAUGUUAUAUUUUCUGGCUGUAUGUUUUGUAUUGUCAUCAUGAUGCUUGUUUGAUGAAGGUAUUAAAAAUGUUUUCAUCCGAUCACCAAUGAUAAGGUAUUGAACUCAGCUGCUCAAGAGGAGAACCGUGGAGAGAAGUUUCGGCCAAUUAUACUUCCCUUAGUCCACCUUAAAAACCAAGCCCGAAACCCACAUUGUAGAAAUUGCACCACUGCGUAUAAUGGUGCCACUUUCGCCAAUCCCUGCGUUUUCCCUCGUGUCCUUGUUAACAUACUAUUGAAAUGAAUGGAUUUGCAUUCUCUAAUACAGUGUAUACUUUAGUACGUAGGUGCUCUUAGUUUGUUGUGAGUUGUUGUAGCCGUGAUGAUAAAGGUUUCUAGUCCUCGCAUUGCAACAAACACUUGCCUUUUGCCAAACCAGUCCUCAGGACCAAUUCAACAAUAGCCUGUUUACAACACAAGUGUUUCUGUCGUCCAAGCAAUGGCAAUGGAAAAUUGGUGUGUAUCCAAUAAUCUUUGUGAAACUGGAAAAGGGAAGGGGUUGUGUUUUGUGAAACCAGUGAUCAUAAUGUAUCCUUGAUCCUUAAAUGGAAAAGUGAAUUAUGAUAUGAUAAGCUAUGUAUUUAAUGUUCUGCUGUAUGAAGCUAGUUUAUCAGUGUUUUCCACGAAGUUCCCAAUUCGUGUGCUCUGCAUCACCUCAAUCUACAUUCACUUUUAACUUUAACCAUUCUAGAAUAGAUGAUAAGCUAUAGAUUUAUACUCCUGUAUGUACUGUACAUACUCGCGUUCAUGGGGCCUCAUUGAUGAUAAACAAAUUCCUGUGCGGACUGCUUGCAAAAACCGGUGGUGUUACGAUUGCCUUGUUUACAUGGGCAUGAAAGCUUUCACAUUUAUACAAUUUUUAAAGUCUGUGAAAUUUGCAUGAAUUUUUGUGGAAUUUGUAAGACCAUUCUUGCGUAAAUUGUACAUACAAUUGUACUGUGUAAAUGGUUUGUAUGCACUGAAUACGGAUUAUGUAUACGGUAAUGUAUGUACCGUAUGGUGGAUAAACACGCAUGCAUGCAUUUGUUUACACAAGACUGGUUUUAUGAAUUUCUGCAAGUCCGGCUCUUGUUUCAUGAAUGUGGCCCUUGGUGUUUGUGUACAUAUACAGUACACUGUAUAUGUGUGUGUGUGUGUGUGUGUGUGCGCACAAAUAUUGAAUUUUAUUAGACAGGUAAUAUAUACAGUAUGGUUAUUUUGGAACACUGAAUAAGCACUACUAGAUGUUUGUGUAUUUGUAGCAAGAAAGCAAGCUAAGAGCGUUUGGUGCUAUAUUGCAUUGAGCCAUUUAUACGGCUGGCAUGUCCCUUUCAUAGCGUUUGUGUGUACACAGAAAAACAAUGAUAGAUGAUAGCAGAAAGCAUUAUUUUAAAAUGAAAUGCAGCCCCAUUGCAAACUUCUACAGUGUACUGUACUGUUUCACAGUUUUCUUGAAAAUGCCAAACAAGGCUGAUAAAUCUCACUGUUUUGUUUUACAUAUGAAUAGUGCCAUUCACAGCCAAGCGCUCUUUAUAAUAGGUGCAAAAGUUUGAGUAAAUGUUGUUUUAACAUUGCAGUUGAAUGUAUGUUUAUUAAAGGCAGUCUCAAGGUUUCAUAAGCACUCAGCUGCAGUUACAGAAUUUAAGAUGACUAUUAUAUGUUUUCUUUUUUUAAUAGGUUUCACAGUGAAGUUUAUGUAAUCCCUUCUCGGCAAUCCCAAAUGCUUUUUAGUUUAUGAAAUUAUUACAUUUAUAAUGCUGUUUUGUUUGGGUUUGGCUGCUUACUGUAUAUAACCCUUCAUAAAAGAACUGGUAAAAUUUCCCAUGAUCCUAAAUUAAUUUGUCUUUUAAUUGAAAUUUGUGAAAACAACAUCUGUAGGUACCAACUCAAGCCACAGUUGGCCAUUAGUUAGCAGUUGAUGCUUGCUUGACUCUACCUGUCUAUUUCCAUUUUGAAUCAUGUAAAUUAGGAAGUGCAAAGCAAGGUGCAUGUAAAUAAAGCCUGUACAACAAAAACGAUUCUGCUGU